AGCGUGCGCCGACUGGGGGCCGAGCUGGCGAUGCGCGGCGAAGAGUCGGUGGCCAUCGUCUGCCACUGGGGCGUCAUCAACCAGAUGUGCAGAGUCAGUGCCCGAAACGCCGAGGCGGUGGUGUGCGAGAGGUUCCCGAGGAGCGGCCACCUGGCAGCCUCCCGAAGUUUCCUCCCGCCAGGGUGCCCAAGGACCUCUUGAUGUCGGUGGUGGGCCUGUGCUUCGGAGCGUAG